UCGCCUUUGCAGGAGGGAAGAAGCAUGUCCCGCCUGUCUCUAACGCGCUCCCCGGUUUCUCCUCUGGCCGCUCAAGGGAUCCCUCUCCCCGCUCAGCUCACCAAGUCCAACGCGCCCGUGCACAUCGAUGUAGGAGGACACAUGUACACCAGCAGCCUGGCCACCCUCACCAAGUACCCCGACUCCAGAAUAAGUCGUCUGUUUAAUGGCACAGAGCCCAUUGUCUUGGACAGUUUAAAACAACACUAUUUCAUUGAUCGAGAUGGUGAAAUUUUCAGAUAUAUAUUAAGCUUCCUAAGGACAUCUAAGCUACUGCUCCCAGAUGACUUUAAGGACUUUAAUCUUUUAUAUGAAGAAGCAAAGUAUUACCAGCUGCAGCCAAUGAUUAAGGAACUGGAGCGAUGGAAACAAGAGAAAGAACAAAGGAAACAUUUCCAGCCUUGUGACUGCUUGGUGGUAAGAGUGACUCCAGAUCUGGGGGAGAGAAUCGCGCUGAGCGGGGAGAAGGCUUUGAUAGAGGAGAUCUUCCCGGAGACCGGGGACGUCAUGUGCAACUCCGUGAACGCCGGCUGGAACCAGGACCCGACCCACGUCAUCAGGUUUCCCUUGAACGGAUACUGCCGGUUGAACUCCGUGCAGGUGCUCGAAAGAUUAUUUCAGAAGGGAUUUAACGUGGCAGCUUCAUGUGGCGGGGGGGGGGGUUUCUCCCCGUUCAGCGAGUACGUGCUGUGCCGCGAAGACAGACGACCACAGCCCACCCCAACGAUCAGAAUAAAACAGGAGCCCCUGGACUAGACCCCCCCGUCCUCCUUUGUAACCGUAGAAGUGUUUAAUAGUCCCUUAUGUGAAACACUAAGGAUUUGCAAAACAGUAUUAGCAAACAGAUUUUUUGACUUUAUGUUGCCAAUUAGUGGUAUUCUGAAACUACCUGUCACGUCGCCAGCCAUGAAAUGCAUUUGGAAAACCUGUUGUCCGUUUUUCACGAUGAAAUCCCCGAGGGUGCUCAGGGCCCUGGCCCUGCUGGGAACGUCCUUGGGCUGAGCCGCCGCCGCCGUGGCCCCAAGGGCAAAGCUUGGGAAGCCCCCCUGUCCCCAGAUGGGGCUCUGCAGAAAGCCCAGGGGAAGCAGUUGGAGGAAGGGCUCUGCCGGCCGAUCCAGCGGCGCUUCCCUGAGGAAGAUGGAACACUGCAAACUGCACUGAGCUCUGCCCCGCGCUGCUCCUCCUCCUCCAUAUCAGACGUGCUUUACGCCUCCCCACACGACCUUACGCCUCCGUGAUUGUACUCACUCCUGCCAGCAAACGGCUUAUUUUUAUACAACAUUUCCACCUGAGGUGUCUCUCUGUGGACAGGAUCCAGAACCAGAAAAGGACCGAUUUAUAGUCAACUGGUGCUCAGUACUAAAAAUACCCCCACACAAACCCAACAAAAAAGGGACAAAACAUUAGACAAGGCCGAUGACGGCAAUCUUUGCAACAGUAGGGAUCUGGAAGCACAAAAGGAAAGGCCACCCCCCAUCACACGGGGGUCACACCCCCACUGUGGAGCUGGAGCUCCCUUAAAGCCAGCCUUGUUCUGAGGUGGGAACUGCCAAGUUCUCCAUCCUGGAGGAAGCGCGGUUCUGCCGCCCCAUCACCCACUCACCCGCUGUGGUACCAGCCCACGUGUAGGAGGAAACGCUGAGAAUUUGGGGCAAACCUACUCUUUAUGGGUCUGGGAUUUUUGCAAAAAGAUGUUCUAGCCCUCUAGUGCCACUGUCUGAUGAAAGCAGGCCACCUUCUGUUUAGAUUGUUUUCUCCUCUCUUAUUUUAAAUCUUAUUAUUAAACUACGGAUUCUGUAGCUGCCCUCUAUCUGUGUAAUUCUUCUCUUCACCGAAGCCGCUGUCGGGGGGUGGCUGCUGCUCAGCAUCCUCCGACUGGCAGGGCUUCUAACUCAGGAGACAGCACCGCCUGUGCAGGUGCAGGGUGAUAAAUAGCGUUCUGCUAAACCCUCUCUAUUGCUCUUCAGCAUGAUUGGGUCCUCAGUAACGAAUUCACGUGCUCAUCGCAAUUUAGUUCCUCCCACGUUAAUUUAUAGAACACUGUUGUAGAUGCUGAAUUUUAAUUAAGCUCUUUUUAGAUGCGCAAAUACGGCCAUAUAGAACAAGGAACAGAGUCGAAAGCGGUCAGCAGUUCUUAAAGGCUCAACGAUUACAAUCAGGCAAAAUAGAAAAAAAAAAAAUAAUCAAGUUUGAGACUAGUGUUUUCCAAAGGGCUGGGCUGAUUGUCCAAGGCCCGGCCUCGGCAGGGGUCUGAUUUUUGGAAAAGGGCUGGAUACCCGUCUGUGGAAAAUCAGGCCUCUGCGGGAUCUCCCCCCUCGGUUCCUCGGCUGGGAAGCCCCCUCUGGAAGCCGUAGCUCUGGCCCUGCUCCCUUGGCAGAACACUUGAGCAAAUCUGUCUACUUUAAAAGAGUUGUAAAGUUAUUUUAUUUUGUGGUUUUAUACUUGUACGACAUUCUAAAGUUGCUAGGCAUUGCCAUAUUUGAAUAUAUGGCACAACAUUCACCUUUGUAUGUAAGAUAUCUGUAGAAUUGUAUAUUAUACAUUUAAUAUUGUAAAGAACUUAACGUAUAAUUGUCAUGUAUUUGUGUAUGCACAUUUCUUAUACAGUACUUCAUGCCAUAAACAUUUCUGUAAAGUAAAUGAUCAAAAAUAAGCAAGUAGGGUGGAACACUCACUGUAUCUCCCGUGGUGUUUGAAAGAGGUGAGAGCUUCUGAUUGCGUCUCCUCCGGCCUUUUGCUCCCUUCAGCUUGAUGUAGCCGUGUCUGACAAAACGAAGAAGAAAAAAAAAAAGUGUUUUAUUUAUUACUUUCAUACAUUGAGUUCACUUUUAAGCUCCAAGUAUCCUUCAACAACCCCUUUAGCUUUGUGUUUUCAUCCUGUAUUCCCUUGUCCUGCCCCCCCGGCGCUGGCAGCGGCUUUGUGGGCGCAUCCUCCCCUCUCUGGGGGGGUUGAGGCGAGUGAACCCCCCAAUUCUCAGUGCCCAGGGACCCCCAGCUCCGCAGCCCGGCCUCCCAGUGGGACCAGUGCCCGAGCUCCCCCAGCCCGGCCGCGGGACGAUGCUCCUGGCUGCAAGUGCCCACCCCCAGCAGCACUGGGGCUCGGUUGCUUUGGUUUCCUUCCCUUUGGCGUUUACCAUAUUUAUUUUUUCCACUCCGGUCGGCGGGGCUGGCGGCCCAGGGGGCACGGGGAGGGGUCCCAGGAAGGGGUCCUGGGCCACCCCAGCCCCAUUCAGUGUGAGCUGGAGAUGGAAGGUCUGAGCCGUGACAUCACAGCACCGACUGCGAAACAGCGCCGAGGCAGCGGAGGACAUGUGGAAACAAUCACUGGGUUAGAAGAAAAACGCCUUGGAAAGCAAAAAAAAAAAAAAGUUAGGACACGUUCUUUUAGUUAGUAACUUCAGGUCACUUAUUUAAAGUUUAUUACAGUUUCAUUUAUAUCUUUUUUACUUAUUUCCCUAUAUUUUUAGGCAGCAAUACCAGCAAAAAACUGAUUUGAAUUUUUACUUCUGGCCUUAAACCAUAGCAACGUAACUUAAUUAAGAACAUUGCUCAGCAUCGCUAAAACAGGUUUUGAGAUCUCCCAGAACUCCCGGGGAGCCGUGGUGCGCGGCCAGCGCCUGCUUUACUGGGAACUCCAGAAAAAAAAUACCCGUAGCCUGGUUUUCCGCCUCAUUCGCUUGAACAGAGUUGUCCCGAUUCCCUUGUUGAGCACCCAAAACGGGGCUGGAAGAACAGGAGUCGUCGCCGGCGCUUUCUGCCCGUCCCCGUCCCGUUCCCGAGGCCGGGAAUGUCGCGUCGUGCUCCUCGGACUGAUCCCGUCCCUGAAAGCAGCCGCUGAGUCCAUCCAUCCGCCGCGUCAACGGCAUCGGGGUCUGAUGACAACUUUAUUAGAUGUUGGACAAAGGAUAAGAAUCAGCACAACAAAACAUGGAAGUAUUUGGUUUUAAUAUUUCUUUGUGGGUAUUCUGUUAAUAUUUUAAUGCAAAAUGUUUCUGAAGAGUGCUUAAGAACUACAAGACAAUGUGAAAUUCAUGUUUGAUAAAUUAAUACUGUAUGUCACUCGAUGUGUUACUUUAGUAAAUUGUUUUAUUUCUUUACAAAAUAAGUACAAAUAAGGGAGUAUGUUUUCACACAAAUUGGGGGUAUUUACGAGUAUGUACAGAAAUCAUCAAAAUAACGUAAUUCUAAUAAACACAAGGCCUUUAUAAACAAUAUGUACAAAUUAUCAAUACAUUUAAAACAUAAUUUUACACUUCCUGGCCUUAAAUACCUUAUGAAUAAUCUUUUGGCUAAAUAGCAGCAGUAUAAAUUUUCUUCUGCUUUUCAUAAACCUUAAAAAAUAAUUAAAACUUUUGUUUUUAAAA